UGAUGAGUCAUCAAAUCAUGGGUCGGUUUGCACGUGAUUGGGCUAGUGGACCGGUGAGUUGUUCGGAACUUGUUCCCGUACGCGGUGGCCGCUACGGGUUGCAGCUUUAUUCAAAUGGCUGCAACGUGGAAGAGCUAGCGCUGUGGUUCACAUUCGGUUCUUACCCUGGUACUUCAUCAUGCCGUCCUCGCAGCCAGUGUUCUCGACGCCUCUGACACGCCUCUUCAAGAUUAAUCAUCCCGUCAUGCUUGCAGGCAUGAGCGUUGCCGCAGGGCCCAAACUAGCUGCAACAGUGACCAAUUCGGGCGGCAUUGGUGUCAUUGGCGGAGUUCGUCAGAACCCCAAGAUGCUCCAGGAAUCUAUCAAUGAACUCAAGAGCUAUUUGGAAGAUAAGACCGCACCAUUCGGCGUAGACCUCUUGCUUCCUCAAGUAGGUGGUAGUGCUCGAAAGACAAAUUAUGAUUAUACGGGCGGUCAACUUGACGCACUUUUAGACGUCGUUAUAGCCAGCGGGGCUGCACUUUUCGUUUCUGCCGUCGGUGUGCCGCCAAAACAAGCUGUUGACAAGCUUCAUGCUGCUGGAAUUCCAGUCAUGAAUAUGAUCGGUCAUCCAAAGCAUGCUAAGAAAGCCCUCGAGCAAGGUGUUGACAUCAUCUGUGCACAAGGUGGUGAAGGGGGUGGUCACACUGGCGAAACUCCAUUCUCCAUUCUGAUACCCACCACUGUUGAUCUUUGCAAGAAUGCCAAAAGCCCUUUAACAGGUGAGCAGGUCAUCGUCGUUGCUGCCGGGGCAAUCGCAGAUGGCCGUGGUCUUGCUGCCGCACUUUCGUAUGGUGCGUCCGGUGUUUGGGUCGGCACCCGCUUUGUGGCUAGUACCGAAGCAGGCGCUCCUCCAAAACACAAGGAACUAGUUGUCUCAGCUGGUUAUGACGACACUGUCCGGACCCUCAUAUACACUGGUCGUCCGUUGAAUGUGCGGAAGACUCCUUAUGUUGAAGAAUGGGAAACCCAGCGACAGGGCGAAAUUACAAAGCUUGUUGCACAAGGUCAUGUCCCGCACGAUGUCGAACUAGAGAAUCAUCCCGAGAAAUCUCUGGAGGGUCGAAUGUGGUUAAUGGGCAAGGUAGCAGGAUCCAUCAAUGAUGUUAAGCCGGCGAAGGAGAUCGUUGAUGAGCUGGUUGCAACAGCAGCUGUGAGCUUGAAAACAGCUUCGGUUCUAAUGAUAAGCAAAGCGAAGUUAUGAGUGGCGAUUUCCCUGGACUCUAGUUGUAAUGGAAGGCCAGCAGAGAGCGCGACCUCACCGGAAUAUGAAUUUAUUGUAUCCUUAUUUCAGUUGUAUGUACCCCUGUAGGAUCUU